GCCGGUAUCGCUCCGCCGGCAGAGGAAAUGCUCCUAGACCAAUCACAUCUGUGUUUACACCAUCACCUGUCAGACACACACCCUCUGCUAUAUUUUCUCUCUGAAAGGAGCUGAAACACACACUCACACUGAAGCGCCUACGGUAGCCGCUAACUGGACGGACUCUCUGGCAAUUGACCUUUUGCAGUGGAAUAGCGGAAUAAGUCUUGAACCAUGAGCUCAGUGGCAGUGUUGACCCCAGAGAGCUUUGCGGAGCACCGCAGUGGCCUCAAGGACCAGGAGAUUACAGGCUGUGUCCCGGAGGAUGAGGCCUACAUCCCCACCUACCUGGAGGCCUUCCCUCCGCUGCCGGAGAAGGGGGCACCAGGGGAAAAGGCCGGGGAGCCGGCUUCAGCGUGGGGGAGCAAGAUCAGGCCCAUCAAAGCCUCUGUCAUCACCCAGGUGUUCCACGUGCCCCUGGAGGAGCGUCGCUACAAGGACAACAGCCAGUUCGGGGAGGGUGAGGAGGCCAAAGUGUGCUUGGACAUCAUGCAGCGGACGGGGGCCCACAUUGAGCUGUCCCUGGCCAAAGACCAGGGUCUGUCCAUCAUGGUCACCGGCAAACUGGACUCUGUCAUGAAGGCUCGCAAGGAAAUCGUAGCUCGCCUGCAGACGCAGGCCUCAGCUACGGUCACCAUCCCCAAGGAGCACCAUCGUUUCGUCAUCGGUAAGAACGGUGAGAAGCUGCAAGAGCUGGAGCUUAAGACCGCCACCAAGAUCGCUAUUCCACGUCCUGACGACCCCAGCGCCAACAUCCGCAUCACUGGCACCAAGGAGGGCAUCGAGAAGGCUCGACAUGAAAUACUUCUGAUCUCUGCUGAACAGGACAAGCGUGCAGUGGAGCGUCUGUCCCUGGAGAAGGCCUUCCACCCCUUCAUCGCUGGCGCCCACAACCGCCUGGUGCAGGAGCUGAGCCAGGAGACGGGCGCUCGCAUCAGCAUCCCCCCACCCAGCCUGCCCAAGGACGAGAUUGUCAUCACCGGGGAGAAGGAGGCCGUCGCCUUGGCGCUGAACCGCAUCCGAGCCAUCUACGACGACAAGAAGAGGAAGACCACCACCAUCUCCGUGGAGGUGAAGAAGUCUCAGCACAAGUACAUCAUCGGUCCAAAGGGCAACACCCUGCAGGAGAUCCUGGAGACCACGGGGGUGUCUGUGGAGAUGCCCCCUCUGGACUCUGGCUCAGAGACCAUCAUCCUCAGGGGGGAGCCCGAUAAGCUGGGACCGGCGCUCACACAGGUGUAUGCGAAGGCGAAGAGUGUGAUGGUGGUGGAGGUGACUGCUCCGGCCUGGCUGCAUCGCUUCAUCAUCGGCAAGAAAGGACAGAACAUCGGGCGGAUCACACAGCAGCUACCACGGGUUCACAUAGAGUUUACGGACGGUGAGGAGCGAAUCAGUCUGGAGGGGCCAACGGAGGAGGUGGAACAGGCUCAGGCCCAGAUACAAGAGAUCAUUAAGGACUUGCUGGUGAGGAUGGACUACACCGAAGUCAUCAUAGACCAGCGUUUCCACAGACACCUUAUCGGGAAGAACGGAGCCAACAUCAACCGGAUCAAGGAGCAGUACAAAGUGUCGGUACGUAUCCCCCAGGACUCUGAACGAAGUGGCCUGGUGCGGAUCGAGGGAGACCCUAAAGGAGUCCAGCUGGCACGCAGAGAGCUCAUUGAGAUGGUCCAGAGAAUGGAAAACGAGCGCACCAAAGACCUGAUCGUGGAGCAGAAGUUCCAUCGGACAAUCAUCGGCCAGAAGGGAGAAAAGAUCAAAGAAGUCCGAGACAAGUUCCCUGAGGUCAUUAUCAAUUUCCCAGACCCAUCACAGAAGAGUGACAUUGUCCAGCUGAGAGGGCCGAAGAAUGAGGUGGAGAAAUGUGCAAAGUUCCUACAGAAAAUCAUCGCCGACCUGAUUGAGAACAGCUUCUCGCUCUCUGUUCCCAUCUUUAAGCAGUUUCACAAAAACAUAAUUGGUAAGGGCGGUGCCAACAUCAAAAAGAUCCGUGAAGAGACCAACACUAAGAUCGACCUGCCGACAGAGAACAGUAACUCUGAGAUGAUCGUCAUCACGGGCAAGAAGAGCAACUGCGAGGCAGCCAGAGAUCGAAUCCUUUCCAUCCAGAGAGAACUGGCCAACAUCAAGGAGACAGAGGUUGCCAUCCCUGCCAAGCUGCACAACUCUCUGAUUGGCUCCAAGGGCUGCCUCGUCCGCUCCAUCAUGGAAGACUGCGGCGGUGUCCACAUCCAUUUUCCCUCCGAGGGCUCCGGCUCGGACAAGGUCACCAUCAGAGGGCCCGCCGGUGAAGUGGAGAAGGCCAAGAAACAGCUGCUGCAGCUGGCUGAAGAGAAGCAAGUCAACAACUUCACAGCUGAGCUUCAGGCCAAACCAGAGUACCAUAAAUUCCUGAUUGGCCGUGGUGGGGCCAAUAUUCGCCGUGUACGGGACAAGACGGGGGCUCGCAUCAUCUUCCCUUCGCCGGAUGACACAGAGCAGGAACUGAUCACCAUCGUAGGGAAGGAAGAAGCCGUCCGUCAGGCCCAAAAGGAGCUGGAAAGUCUGGUUAAAAACCUGGAUGACGUGGUGGAGGACAGCAUGGUAGUAGAUGUUCGCCACCACCGGCACUUUGUGUGUCGGAGAGGCCAGGUGCUGCGGGAGCUGGCGGAGGAGUACGGUGGAGUAGCCGUGAGCUUCCCUCGCACGGGAGCCAACAGUCAGAGGGUCACUCUGAAGGGAGCCAAGGACUGCGUGGAGGCCGCCAAGAAACGCAUCCAGGAGAUCAUUGAGGACCUGGAGUCCCAGGUGAGUGUGGAGGUGGCCAUCCCUCAGCGCUACCACCGAGCCAUCAUGGGGCCUAAAGGCUGCCGUAUCCAGCACAUCACCCGGGAGCACGAGGUCCAAAUCAAGUUCCCAGAGAGAGACGACAGCGCUUCAGGUCCGGAUGCUCCACCACAAGAAAACGGUGAGGUCAGCCCAGAAGUGGAGUUCGUGCCCCGCAAGUGUGACAUCAUCACGAUUGCUGGGCGUGCAGAGAAGUGUGAACUGGCUAAAGCCGCCCUCCUUGCGCUGGUGCCCAUAACGGAGGACGUGGAAGUGUCUUACGAGCUGCAUCGCUACAUCAUCGGCCAGAAGGGCAGUGGGAUCAGGAAGAUGAUGGAGGAAUACGAGGUGAACAUCUGGGUGCCGCAGCCAGAAAAGCAGCUGGACGUGAUCAAGGUCACAGGCCUGGUAUCCAACGUGGAGCGGGCCAAACAGGGUCUGCUCGAGAGGGUCAAAGAAUUGCAGGCUGAGCAGGAGGACAGGGCCCUGCGCAGUUUCAAGGUAACCAUGUCCGUAGAUCCAAAGUUUCACCCCAAGAUCAUCGGCCGCAAAGGAGCGGUCAUCUCCCAGAUCAGGAAAGACCACGACGUUAGCAUCCAGUUCCCCGACAAAGGAGACGAGCAGCAGGAUCUGAUCGUGAUCUCGGGGUACGAGCGUAACGUGGAGGAAGCACGUCAAGCCAUCCAGCAGCUGGUGGCCGAGCUGCAGGAAAUGGUGAGCCAGGAUGUUCACCUGGACCCGAGGACCCACGCUCGCAUCAUCGGAGCUCGUGGCAAAGCCAUCCGCAAGCUGAUGGAGGAGUUCAAGGUGGAUAUCCGGUUCCCUCAGCCAGGCUCCGACGAGCCCGACAAAGUGACAGUGACAGGCCUUCCUGAGACUGUCGACAACGCCAUCGACCACCUGCUCAACCUGGAGGAGGAAUAUAUGCUCAGCGUGACGGAGACGGAGACCUUGGCAGCUUACAUGAAGCCUCCGUCUCGCUAUGGAGGAGGAGGUGGAGCAGGAGGAGGUGAUGAUAGCAGCGGGGGUCCAGCGAAGGGCUUUGUGGUGCGGGACGCUCCCUGGAACGCAGCAGGGAACAAGGCUCCUGACAUGAGCAGUGCGGAGGAUUUCCCUACGUUUGGGACAGGUGUGGCUCCGAAGCAAGCAUCCGCCUGGGGUCCCAAGAAGUUCUGAAGUUGCUCAUGUGGAGGAAAACAAAAAAAAACUUCUGUAAAGUAGAUGAUGAGAGACAAAGUCUCUGAUCAAAUUGCUGCUCGCCUUCCCUCCUCCUCCUCCUCUUCUCUUUAGUGACCUCCCUUUGUCUCUCUUUCUCUGUAAACCCCUUGUACUGUCCUCCCACAACCAGCCACAAUGAAUUCUGGGAGAACUAUCCCUUCUUUUUUUCCUCAUCUGUCUUUCCUCUUAGUACCUCCACCUCCUCCUUCCCCUUGAGAGAAAAAAAAGAACAUUGAGUGCUCUCUUCAUAGUUUUGCUGUCCAGCUCUGUCUCUCGGUUGCACCACCCCUGCCGGUCUCGCUGAAAUAUGUCAAAGACUGUCCCCUCUUUUUCACCCCUGACUGCCAAACUCCUCCACAAAAUCUAUCACCUGAGUCCAGCACAUUAGAAAUGUUUAAACUCUUCACAGUCUGCUGAAUCAGAGGAGUGGGGUCAGAGAGCACUGGGGAGGUGGUGGUCGUGCAUCCAAGUAACAAUUGCUAAAUCUUGGAUUUUUAAGCUAAAAAAGAAAAGAGGGGAGUCUGUGUUUUACUGUGCAAAAAGAGUUUGUAAGCAAUGACAUCUUCUUUUCCUGUGGUUUUCACAAGGAGGUUUCUUGUUGGCUCAUUUUACCAGUCACUAAUGUGGUGCAGCAGGUGAGGCAAUGAGCCGUGUGUGUGUGCGUGUGUGUGUGUGUGUGUGUGCGUGUGUCGGUGGGUUCAGGAGAGGUUUUUCACCCACAAGUGUUUGUAGAUCCCCCUUUUUAUUUAUGUUUGGGCGGGGAGCAAAAACAGCUGCUGUAGUCGACUUUCUGGAGCUUUUUCUUUUUAAACGACGAUGAAUCAAAAGAUGAGGAAGUCCUGCGCCGGGUGUUUGUACUGAAGGUCAUUUUGUCACUGUUUAUUUAUUCAAAAGGAGCCAUUUUAUUUGAACUACUGUGAUCAUGCGUUUUUAUAAAAGCACUCACUGUAGCUUGAUGCUUACAACCUUAUGUUUGGGAGUGAAUGUGAGGGUUUGGGAACAUGUUAACAGUUGUUAUGUGUAAGUGUACAAAGAACUUUUCGCUAUUUUUUUAAAACUGUGUGGGACUUUUUUGUUGUUGUUGGUUUCUGGCAUAUUUGGAAGACUGUAUGUAUGUAUGUGAGCGCGCGUGGAAGUUAAGAUGUAUAUUUGAAUGAAGCUGAACCAAACUUUUACAUCGUCUUUGUCCGUUUGUCUAUCUUUGCAUUUAGAGGUUUUUACUCUCUCAACUUGUCAUAAACACUUGAUUUUUUUUUCUGUCAACAUGCAUAUAAAGCUGCUUAAAAUCUGACCUCCCCUCCCACAAAACAAACUCAGUAUCAACAGCUGCACUUUGGUUUUCCCUUAUGCAAGUGCUUCACAUGUAUUUAGUGAUAUUUUGUAGCAGAAACCUUGUUGCCCCUUAUUCCUUUAUCAAGAUCUGAGAGCGAUGUGUCCUGUUGCUAAACCAUUCAAUUGGUCCAGAUUUCAGUCAGUUAAAUCAACGCUUCCUUGUGCCUGGAAGUCUUAAAGGGAUAGUUUUACAGUUUUGCAAAUACACUUGCUUUCUUUCUGAAAAUGAAAGGCUCUGUAUGCAACAUUCAGAGCAUUAAUAUAGCAGCAAGCCACUGUUUGCUAUGUAAAGACAUAGUGGAGUAAUGGUGAACAGAGAAUGACAUCACACUACUUUUAAGUGUGUUGUAAUCUGAGCUUCUCUGUACUUUGUUAUCAGAAGCCGGUCCGGCCAUGCAAGCAUGUUAGUGCAUGUGUAUAUCCCACUGGCUAGCUGACCGCCGCCACUUUGCUCUGUGCUCAUACAGCGGGAGCAGCUUAAAUCGGGAAGGCGUCAUCGCAGAGGCAUAGUGCCCAUCCUCCGGUUCUACCCUGGUUAGCACUGUUAGCUCAGUCAGCACUGUUAGCUGCUGGAUCAGCCCCCUCCAUGUUAGGAACUGAGUCCAGGCAACUCAUAUGCUCCGAAUUUCCUAUAUUAAAAGAAGAUUGUUAUCACUCUCAAGUCUGUACAAUUGGUACGAAGCUGGGAUCAAGAGGUGAUUAGCUUAGCGUAGCAUAAAGAACUUGUUUACUUGUUUUCCAGCAACGGAUUGUACUUUAAAGUAGAAAUAUUGGAUUUAAAUGUUGUUUAUGUCUCCAGCAAACAUGUUAUCAUUGUGGGCAGAUAACAAGCAUCUGUAUCAGGAUACCAGGUCAAGUUAAUAUUUUACUGUUAUGUAGUGCUGAGGUUACAGAUGCUACCUGUUUUCAGUUGAUUCCUGUAGAGAUGCUAAACUAUGCUAAGCUAGGCUAGGCUAAGCUAAGCUAACCACAUCCUGAUUCCAGCUCCGUACUAAUAGCACAGAUAUGAGAUUAAUCUCAAUCUAAUAAUCUACCAUCUUUCGGAAAGAAAGCAAACUUCUGAAAAUGUAAAACUAUCUGACAGGGCCAGGAAGAGCUCAGGACCAGAUUGGCAGCUCUACGUUAGACUUUAGAACAAAAACAGAAAACUCAGGGUCCAAGCUAAAAAAGCAAAGCUGGCGCAGAAAUGACUCUUUAAAGCUGGCGACAGAUUAGUAAACCAAACCGACUAUGCAACCCAACAGGAUCAUACGGCAGAUCACUGUCCGUCAGUGGUACUUUACUGUACUUUGCUACAAUUACGGCGUCAUUAUAGUUGUAUGUUUUUUGGGACAGCGAACUAGUAAUUUGUUUAUUUUUAGUUGUUGAACUCAUGGCUGAGUCUCUGCAUUUUUAAAUCACUUCGUGUGUGUCUGUUCUUAAAUGGCAGGACAGAGCUGCCCCCUGAAGCAGCCACUAUUUCUGUAAAAAGCUAUGAAAAAACCCACUAUUGGCCUUAAUGAGUAAUUAGUACAGCAUUUUGGAAAAGGUGUGAUUGAGAACGUAUGCAACACUGCAAUAACAUGUCAGUGAUCAGACUUUUUUUCCUACUCUAAAUAAAAUUAAAUAAAAAAAAGAA